ACAAGCCUGUUAAAAUUGUUUUAGAAUGUCGUCGGCUGCUAGCUUUUUGGACCAUUUGGAUCAGUAACCCGAACGAAAUUUCUUGGUUUUUUUUCAUUCAAUUUGCAGUUUUCCCUGUUGAUAAGACACUAAAUAUGGCGUCAAAGGGUUUAGCAACGAAACGGAGGCAAGAGAGUGGAAGAAGAAAAGGCAAAGAAGAUGGAGACAAAACAAGAGGAGGGGGCGGGGAUGAGAUGAAGGCAGGAGGCGGAUCGUCAUGGGCUUGGAAGACUAAGACAGAGAAUGCUAAGAAAGUAGAAGCACUACGAGAAAUUGAACAACUGGAACAAAAGAUUAAUAACUUGGAUCGGGAGAAGGGUGUGCAUCUGUACAAUAAACGCAGUGAUUUCCGCAAGCUGUUCUGCACAUUGGAAGAACAAGAACUCAAGCUGAACUCGGACAGAAAAACUGAAAAGGCUAAACUGCGUCAACAGCUGAAUAAGAUGCGAGGCAGUGUCACUAAGUUUCAACGAGAACUACACAAUGUCAAACCAACACCUGAAUUUGUUGAGAAAUUGAAGGAGAUCAUGGAGACGAUCGAAUCAGUCGUCAGUGAAUUCAAAGAACAGCAAAAACAAAUCUAUGAAGAACUAUUGCGUGAGGAACAGACUCUAAAUCAAGAGGUGACGGCCCUGGAGAAACGUUUAGAGUCCUGGGCAUCGGCACCACCUAUUACCAUAGAAACCAAGUCAGUGAAACCCAAGACUGUCUCAUCAGCAAGGAACGUCAUAGCUGAUCUACCACCUGAGGUUGCAGCAUUUGAGAGGUUCUUACUACAGACUGGCGGACACAGAGGAGGCUGGGAUGAAUAUGAUCACGGCACUUUCCUAAGAAUCAGGAAUAAAUUCAAGGGCAAGUCUGCCUUCUUAGACGAGGCAGCAACCUCCAUCCCAGGUCGUAACAUCACUGACGUACGGCAGCAUGAAAACUGGUACCAGGAAUAUCUGACGUUGAUGGAGAAAAAGAAAGAUGGGAUACAGAAAUGGAAGAUUGUCAAAGAGGCUCAGAAGGAUGAGUGUUUAACUCAAGCAGCCGUGGACGAAGACGAGAAGAAGGAAGAAGAAGAACAGAAGACAAGAGCCAGAGCUCGGAGAUUAGAAGAAGAGAGACGGGAACAGGCAGACAGACUGAAUGCAUGGAAGGUCCAGAAGGAACUGAUGAAAGCCAAGGAGGAAGAGAAACAAAUAGAGAUAGAGAUGAGACGAGCCAAGGAAUAUGAGAAGGAACGACUAAGACAGCUUGAAGUUCGGAAUCAAGUUCAAGAGUACCUCCAGCGGAAACAAGAGGAAGAUGCCAUACAGCGGCUUGAGGUGGAGUCUAAGAAAGCAGUGCAAGAAGAAGAAAAGAAGACGAUGAGUCGAGAGGAGAGAGUGAGAUUCCUAGAGCGAGAUCAGCGCAGACUGGAGGAGAGACUAGCCAAGGGAAAAGCAAAGGAAGAAGAGCAGAGGAAAAAGAGCAAGAGACUGGAAAGGUUGAAGGGUCAGGUUGAGGUUCAAGUGGAGCGAGAUCCAUCCAGACUUUAUAGAUUAACUGAAGGUUGGAAGGAACGCAAGAAGGAUACGACCUCAGCAUCUAAUGGACCCGUCUUACAUAUGCCUCAUAGAGCUGUACCAUCAUGGAGAGCCGGCUUAUAGCAACUAGGACAGAAUCAACCAACCUGCAUUGUGAACCACCUAGAUGUGAAAUUCAAACUUCAACCGAGUCUUAAGGAAUGUGUACAGUAUAAUGAAGUGCCUUCCAACUCUCAUCAGAAACUCUCAAUCACUGCAUUUUCAACAAUUUGAGAAUUGGAUGAAGUUAAAAGAAACGCUCAUCAAGGUACAUGUGCAGUUGUGUGAAUGUUUGUACAGUACAUUUGUGUAUUCUAGUUUUUAACAUCUUUCCAGAUACUAUUAGUAACAUGGCCAAAAGGGCGCAUUCCGGAUAACAGUGUCCCUUUUCAAG